AUAUCAAUUGUGUUUUAACUGUCUUAUUAUUAACGAUCACAUCUUAACAAAAACAACAAUGGCUCCAGGAGGUAAAUCAGCAGGAAAGGCGAUGAAGAAAUCAUCCGGCAAGGCCCAAAAGAAUAUCGCCAAGUCCGACAAGAAACGCAAGCCAAAGAGGAAAGAAUCGUACGCCAUCUAUAUCUACAAAGUAUUGAAGCAAGUACAUCCCGACACUGGCGUUUCCUCGAAGGCAAUGAGUAUCAUGAACAGUUUCGUCAACGAUUUGUUCGAACGUAUCGCCGCUGAAUCAAGUCGUCUUGCUCAUUACAACAAGCGUUCGACGAUCACCAGUCGGGAAAUCCAAACGGCUGUCAGACUCCUGUUGCCCGGUGAAUUGGCCAAGCACGCUGUCAGUGAAGGAACCAAAGCCGUCACUAAAUACACCAGCUCCAAAUAAACCAUUUAUUUUGAAUUGAAAAUUUGAUAAAAUGGCCCUUUUCAGGGCCACCAAA